AGGAGAUAUUGGCACACUUCUCACGUGAUGCAGCUUGCUUUGCUUAUCUCCAUCUUUGAUGCUUUGAGGGCUCCACCAUCUUGUUGCAUGUCAUUGGCUUUCUUUGAGGGCUCCCCUCUCUCACUCCCCUGAAUCCCACCAUUUUCGUUUAUUCCGUUCUCGAGGCCUGGAAAAAAUUCUUGUGCAUGUCGGUGAAGAAUGCUUUGGGUUAUGUGGAUGGAUAGCUUUGUGCUUCACAUGGCUCUGUCUUUUACUUCUACCCAUGUAAAUUUUUUAUUCAGAGGAUGGUCUCUUACACGAAAGUGGUUCGCUUUUCAUGAAUGCAUUGUAGACAUGGAGAAAGGAGGCUGUGUGUAGAAAUGCCUUCCCUUGUUGUAUACUUGGGUUCGGAAGCAUGCGAGUAGAAUGAUAAAAAAAUUGUGCAGGGAAAGUGCUUGUCUCAGUCUUAGAUCUACCUGCGGAGGUCGCAUAGAAUAAAGGCUAUAUCUGAAGAUCAAGUUUUAGCUUGAUAAUGAAUCCUGAUUUAGGAAGAAGUUUCACUGCUCCAAAGAAGGAUUCUUGGAAGGCCAUCUUGCUUUUAGCAUAUCAGAGCCUAGGUGUGGUGUAUGGGGAUUUGAGUAUAUCCCCUUUGUAUGUUUAUAAGAGCACCUUUGCAGAGGAUAUAAAACAUUCAGAGACAAACGAGGAGAUUUUGGGUGUGCUUUCGUUUGUGUUCUGGACUCUUACCCUUGUCCCUCUCUUCAAGUAUGUUUCCAUAGUUCUUAGAGCUGAUGACAAUGGUCAGGGUGGUACUUUCGCCCUAUAUUCUUUGAUAUGCAGGCAUGCCAAUGUAAGCCUUCUGCCUAACAGACAGGUUGCAGAUGAAGAACUCUCCACUUACAAACUGGAAAGCCCUCCAGAAACAAAUAAUAAGUCAAGGGUGAAAAUUUGGCUUGAGAGGCAUAAGAACUUGCACACUGCCUUGCUAGUAGUGGUUAUGCUUGGUACCUGUAUGGUGAUUGGAGAUGGUGUACUCACUCCAGCUAUAUCAGUUUUUUCUGCAGUUUCAGGACUCGAGUUAGCCAUGUCCAAAGGCCACCAUGAAUAUGCUGUGGUUCCAAUUACUUGCUUUAUAUUAAUAUGUUUAUUUGCCCUCCAACACUUUGGUACUCGUCGGAUUGGAUUUCUAUUUGCACCAAUUGUCCUGACCUGGCUACUCUGCAUCAGUGCACUUGGCAUCUAUAAUAUUGUUCACUGGAACCAACAUGUUUAUAAAGCCCUUUCCCCAUAUUACAUGUUUAAGUUCCUGAAAAAGACGAAAAAAGGUGGCUGGAUGUCCUUGGGUGGAAUUUUACUGUGCGUAACAGGAUCAGAGGCAAUGUUUGCAGAUCUCGGACACUUCUCAUACACUGCAAUUCAGAUUGCUUUCACUUUACUAGUGUAUCCGGCACUGAUUUUGGCAUACAUGGGUCAAGCUGCUUAUUUAUCAAGGCAUCAUAGAAUCUAUUCAAGUUACCAGAUUGGCUUUUAUGUUUCAGUUCCAGAGAGUGUAAGGUGGCCUGUGCUUGGACUGGCAAUUUUAGCUUCUGUGGUGGGAAGCCAAGCAAUCAUUAGUGGAACAUUCUCUAUCAUAAACCAGAGCCAAUCGCUCGGCUGCUUUCCUAGAGUCAAAGUAGUGCAUACCUCAGAGAAAAUUCAUGGGCAGAUCUACAUCCCAGAGAUCAAUUGGAUGCUCAUGAUCCUCUGCAUAGCAGUUGCUGUUGGAUUUAGAAACACAAAACACAUGGGCAAUGCAUCUGGACUAGCAGUGAUCACAGUGAUGUUGGUUACUACAUGCCUCACUUCUCUAGUCAUGAUCCUUUGCUGGCAUAAGCCCCCACUCCUGGCCCUUGCUUUUCUUCUAUUCUUUGGCUCAAUUGAGGUCCUCUACUUUUCUGCCUCCCUCAUCAAAUUUCUUGAGGGUGCCUGGGUCCCCAUCCUCCUUGCUCUCUUCCUCAUGACUGUCAUGUUUGUCUGGCACUACACGACAAUCAAGAAAUAUGAAUUUGACUUGCACAACAUGGUUUCCUUGGAAUGGCUCCUUGGACUUGGUGACAAUCUUGGUAUUGUCCGCGUUCCUGGCAUUGGCCUUGUGUACACGGAUCUCAUCUCUGGCAUACCUGCUAACUUCUCCCACUUCGUCACCAACCUUCCAGCAUUCCACUGCAUCCUAGUUUUUGUCUGUGUUAAAUCUGUUCCUGUCCCUUUCGUGCCUCCUGCUGAAAGAUACCUUCUGGGUCAUGUUGGACCACCAAACCACCGGUCAUAUCGAUGCAUUGUUCGAUAUGGGUACCGUGAUGUCCACCAGGAUAUCGACUCUUUUGAAUCUCAGCUUAUUGCUAGUUUAUCUGACUUCAUACGGUCCAAAGCAUCAUAUGGUGGCGUGCGGUCUGGUGAGUCAAUGGAUGGGGGUGAAUGCAGACUCACUGUUAUUGGGAGCAAUGCACUCGCAUGUCCUCCCAAAUAUGAUUUUGAGGAAAACAUCCAACCGGCUAGUGUGUUAAUCGAGUUCCCUGACAAGGGGAAUGCAAUGGAAUUGGCGCCUAUUAGUACAGGGAAGAAGGUUCGCUUCUUUCUAGAAGAUGACGAUAGCUCAGAAUUGUAUAAACAUGUAGAAGAAGAGCUUGAGGAUCUAUGCGAGGCACGUGAAGCUGGGACUGCAUUCAUAUUGGGGCAUUCGCAUGUGCGAGCAAAGCCAGGGUCAUCCAUCAUGAAGAAGGUGGCAAUUGAUUUCGGAUACAACUUCCUGAGUAGGAAUUGCCGGGGCCCGGAUGUUGCACUGCGGGUGCCUCCAGCAUCACUGCUUGAGGUCGGGAUGGUUUAUGUAUUGUGACUUGUGAGCUGAAAGCCUGUGCAGCCAUGUAAGUAAAUUGAUCCCUUUGAUGUACUAUAUUAUGUGAGGGACACUGGCAGUUCUAAAAUCAUGGUGGAGCCUCAACUGCCUGAGGUCGGGAUGAUGCAUGUAUUGUUAGCUGAAACUUGCACAGCCAUGUGAGUAAGAUCAUCUCUGCCAAAAUGUUUUGGGAAUGUACUAUUGUAUCUCAAGAGAAUGUAACAGCGUGACAAUACUUGGAAAAUCUUUGAUUGAAUGGGUCUGAGAAUUAACUAGUACUGAGUAUCUGGCUGUUAGAUCUUACCUGAAGAAUUAAGUAAAAAUUUGCAAUUGUCA